AAUGGGGAAAUGUUGAAAGGCCAAUAUUGCCCUUUGGGAUAGUGAUGAGAAGUGGUCGUGUAAAGACCACAGGAGAAAGAAGGGCGAUAAGUGGCAAAGGAGCCCUGGGCGUAAACCCUAGGCUCCUCUUUCAGUUUCAGUUUCAGUUUCAGGGAUUCAAAUAUUUGAAUUCCACCGGACCAGAAAUCGCCAACUCCUAACCUAAUCAAAGAUGAGCAGCCAGGUGCUUCCGAAGAGGAACAGUCUCACCGCCAAACGAGGUCCCUCGGCGCCCGUAAAAAAAUCGGCACCGGCCGAUAACGGCAGCACCGUCAAUGGCACAGCCACAAAACCCUCCUCUCCUCCUCAUUCGUCUUUGGGUGGGGAGAGGACCGUAAAGAAGCUGAGGUUAUCAAAGGCCCUCACAAUUCCUGAAGGCGUUACAGUAUCGGAUGCUUGUCGGCGCAUGGCGGCUCGUCGUGUCGAUGCUGUUCUUUUAACUGAUGCCAAUGCAUUGCUCUCUGGAAUUGUUACUGACAAGGACAUUGCCACUAGAGUUAUAGCGGAGGGUUUAAGACCGGAGCAGACAAUUGUAUCGAAGAUCAUGACGCGGAAUCCCAUUUUUGUUACGUCUGAUUCAUUAGCUAUUGAAGCUCUUCAGAAGAUGGUCCAAGGUAAAUUUAGACAUCUUCCUGUCGUAGAAAAUGGUGAGGUUAUUGCCUUGUUGGAUAUAACCAAAUGCCUCUAUGAUGCCAUAUCAAGAAUGGAGAAGGCAGCUGAGCAGGGAAGUGCAAUUGCUGCUGCAGUUGAAGGGGUUGAGCGUCAGUGGGGAAACAACUUUUCUGCUCCAUAUGCUUUUCUAGAAACUCUGAGGGAACGAAUGUUCAAGCCUUCCUUGUCAUCUAUCAUUACUGAAAAUACCAAGGUUGCAAUUGUAUCACCAUCAGAUCCUGUCUAUGUUGCAGCCAAAAAGAUGCGGGAAUUUCGGGUCAAUUCAGUCAUUAUAGCAACAGGAAACAAGAUUCAAGGAAUACUUACGUCAAAAGAUAUACUCCUGCGAGUUGUUGCGCAAAAUCUCUCACCUGAGUUGACUCUGGUGGAAAAGGUAAUGACACCAAACCCAGAAUGUGCCACUACGGAAACGACAAUCCUUGAUGCAUUGCAUAUAAUGCAUGAUGGGAAGUUUCUUCAUCUUCCGGUUUUGGAAAAAGAUGGGAAUGUUGCUGCUUGUGUGGAUGUGUUGCAGAUAACUCACGCAGCAAUAUCUAUGGUUGAGAGCAGCUCUGGUACAGUUAAUGAUAUGGCCAACACCAUGAUGCAGAAGUUUUGGGAUUCAGCUCUUGCUCUAGAGCCACCUGAUGAUUGUGACACCCACAGUGAAAUGUCUGCAUUCACAAACUUUGAUGGGGCAGAGAUAGGAAAGCCUAACUACCCUUCGCUUGGUCUUGGAAAUUCAUUUGCUUUCAAAUUUGAGGAUUUCAAGGGUCGUGUACACAGACUGAAUUGUGGUACUGAAAACUUGGAUGAGUUGGUAUCUACUGUCAUGCAAAGGAUAGGUGCUGGAAGUGAUUCUAACCAGCCUCAGAUUUUAUAUGAAGAUGAUGAAGGUGAUAAGGUUUUACUUGCAACUGAUAAUGAUCUUAUUAGUGCUGUCAGCCAUGCUCGAUCGAUAGGUUUGAAGGUCUUGAGAUUACAUCUGGACUUCUCUGAUUCAAAUCAGCAAACAAUUGAGCCAUCGAGCACAGUGGCCUUACAGACAAGUGGAUGGAAGCCUUCUCAAGCAAGCAUUUUUGCCGGUGUGGCUGUCUUGACCGGCAUUGGGGUGCUGGUUUACUUGAAGCGAUCUUAGCUGUGAAGAAUUUGAUUAUGGAAAAGAAAGAAAA